AUGCCUGCAAAUACAAAUGGUGUCGAUAGUGCUUAUACUUCAGCAGCUAAAACUGAUCUGCAAGGACUUGAACUGGUGGAACAUCACUUUGGUCCCUUACUUCGCCCAACUCGUGCCACAAAGAGCCCAUGGACCAAUUAUUCUAUCAAUCGCCUCCAAACCAAUCAAAAGUACCGCACAGUCGUCUCAGUGCCACGCAAGGGCUCUGAGGAUGACUCUGAGGAGGAUGAAUACGACAAGUACAUCAAAGCUUGCGUUUCUCAGAUUGAGGAUGAAAUGGACUUUGAGCACGGCACACUCCAGAAAUGCAUCACCAUUUUAUGCAACGAGACGGUGCUCGAUGACGAGGAACCGCGCUCCACUGAUCAUAUAGUUAGGAUCUACUCACCCACUGCGCCAAUGUACAUUGAUGUGCAUUUUAAAUACUACUGCCGCUCGCGUCGGUCGGAGGUCGAGUGGCAAUAUACCCUCGGGUACAAGAUCCAACGCCGCCCAUCUGCGACGGCAAGCAAUGCACUUGCUAUCAAAAAUGAGAUCAAGAUGGGCGGGCCUGAGGAUGUGUACGCGUACAAUGGGUGGCAAACCUUAGGCUGGGGUUGCUAUGAUGACUCCUAUAAAAACUAUGGCGAACGUGGGCGACGCGUUGAGUUUGGGAGGGUGGAGUUGCACGAGGAAGGAGUUAUGGACGUUCACGAGGUGUUGUUUGGAGAAUUAGAGAAACCUGCUGAAACCGACUCAGAGGCCAUGCUCGCAUAUCACCGAUCACUCGUAAGGGGCAUACGGCUGCUUCUCGCUGCUGUCGGUAUUUCAUAUGAUGUUGCGUGUACUGAUGACGAAAGUGAUCACAGGCCAUAUGAGUUGAUGCUUGAGGGGCUGAGUGACAAAUGGGUCGCGCGGGGGAUACGAAAUGCGUGUGGCCUCCGACUCGCCAGAGAUGCAGAAGAAGAACGGAAAGGUGCCAUGGAACGACAGGAAGCAAAGGGUUACGACGAUGACUCCGAGGACGACAAAUGA